AUGGCUCUGUCAUCCGCUCCUGCCGAUCUUCCCGGCUUCAGCCUCGACGGUUCGUUCAAACUGACAUUCUUCUACGACGGCGAUGAGUUGCUCCCCAUUCUGCAUCUCGACACUCACACAACCAUCGGCGCUUUCGCGUUCCGUCUCACCAUGAUAGUUAACGUCGUUACUCAACUUGCUUGCGAUGAACCCACCCUGAGCCUCCACACCGUCAAGUUUUGGGAGAAGGCCAAGGAGAACCUUCGCGAUGAUCUUGCUAUGUCAGACGCCGACGCCAAAGUCCUGGUUCGUCUCGCAUACCUCAUCGACACCUACCAGCGAGGCUGGGAGCAGUACAGAAGCACCUACCCCAACGAAGCUGCAGCCUUGCUCGAAGCCCCUCUCGAUUACUCGUCUGAGGCGAAGGAUGUCCAUCAGCUCCAUCAAGCCAUGCACGACUAG